AGAGAAGAAAAGGGAUCUCUAUCGAAUUGAAUCGUCAUAGCAAACAAAUCUCGAAUAGACAAAUUGGAAGAAAAUUUUUGAUUGUUGAUUUGAUGAAAAUGGCGGCCAUGCAACUAACCAGAGCCACUCUCUUUAGCUUCUCAAAGGCUUUCGCUAUAGUACGAUCUCCGGAAACUCUCGCUGCUUCGACCCGGAAAGUCUCUCGCGUCUGCUUCGCCUCCUCCGUUAGCCAUUCCGAGGGAAGAGAUCCGGUAGAGAAUGCUAGAGACUCGAGGGCCGAUUUAGCUUACGGCUCAAAGAAAUGGAGGGAGGAUACCGGAGGGGACUAUACACAAGCGGCUAAAGAUAAAGCUAACGAAGGAGCGAGCAAAGCUGCUGACAAAGCUUACGAGACCAAAGAGCAGGCUAAGGACACAGCCUAUGAUGCAAAGGAGAAGGCUAAGGACACAGCCUAUGAUGCAAAGGAGAAGGCUAAAGAUUACGCGGAACAGACUAAAGACAAAGUAAACCAAGGAGCGUAUAAGGCAGCGGACAAAGCGGAAGAUACAAAAGAAAGAGCCAAGGAUUACGCAGAGGAUACAAUGGACAAUGCAAAAGCGAAGGCUCAGGAUGCGAAAGAAAAGGCCAAAGAGUAUGGAGAAGAGACUAAGGAGAGAGCAGAAGGGUUUAAGGAGACGGUGAAGGGUAAGGCUGAGGAACUUGGAGAGAAGACAAAGGAGACUGUGAAAGGAGCUUGGGAGAAUACCAAAAACGCUGCACGGACUGCGACUGAAGCUGUGGUUGGGCCUGAAGAGGAUGCGGAUAAGGCACGUGCUGACAUCGAUAAAGGCGUCGAAGAUCUAACGAAAAAGGCGGAGACAAAAGCAGAGAAAGAUCAAAAGGAGGAUGAUUUCAUAACAUUUAACUAAUGAGAAAGAUAUAUAUCUUUAUACGUGUUUCUCUCUGCUUUUCAGAUGUUCUAUCUCUUUGAUGUGUCGCUCUGUUUUCAGCUUAAUCUCUCUUUUUAAACUACGCCUCAUCUCAUGUAUGCGACGAUAUGUAUCAGUAUAAAAAUAAAUCAAUCUAUGGUUAUGCCUA